AUGCUGGAGGACAAGAAUACUCCAUUGAUUUUGGGGCGUCCAUUCCUAGCUACCGGUCGUGCUCUUAUUGAUGUACAGGAUGGAGAUCUCACAUUUAGAGUCAAUGAUGAAAAAUUGACUCUAUCUAUCUAUGACGCUAUGAGAAAACCAGCCGAGCCGCAGAUGGAUGAGUGCAACAUGAUUGAAUCUGUGAUUGAUUUCCCUGCAGCUGUAGACGAUCCCUUGGAGGAGUGCAUCAUACGAUUGCCGGCGAAGAGCCACCGCCUCGGCCUCGUCGCCUCCGCCAUCUUCUGCUUCGCCCCCGGCCUCGUCAUCUCUGCCCCGGCCUCGUGGCCUCUUCCAUCUUCUGCCAUCGUCUCCGAGCACCCCCACCACCACCUCCACCGCUACCUCCUCCACCCCGCCCGCCCCCUUCCGCCGCCGUCCGCAACCCUCCUCAACACCUGCAUCUUCGCCUACUGCCGCUCCGGCUGGCCCCACCUCGCCACGCAGCUCUUCAAAAAGAUGAAGCGCCUCAAAAUCCGCCCUAAUUUGCUCACCCUCAACACUUUGCUGAAUUCACUGAUGCAUUGUCUAAGAAGGGGAAAUUACACGAUAUGCACGAUUUGCUGUAUGGUUUGAGGGAGCUGGAAUUGGGGGAGGAUCGGAAGGAAUUGAAG